CUGUUGACUCCGCGAAGAGGAGGGCCGAACGAGAGAGCAGCCAUGGGAGGAUGGCUUUGCCGUAUGGGGAUGUUCCUCUCCCGGCGGUCGACCGAUGAGAUAUGGGCUGUGGGCCAUCAUGUGUGACUGCCAUGAAGGAGAGGAUAAGUAUCAAUAAUACCACACAUAAAUCCAACAGCCGGGUAGAAAAUAUCUGUCGGCUCAGCCAAUUAAAGAACAGCAAGCUCGAUCUGAACUCGAAUCUAUCCUUAAAUGGACUUGGCUCAGCUGCACCCUUGGAUCGAUCCGAUCACCACGGACGCAGCGGAUCUCGGUUGAGCUCGGUCGGAUUCCCGCCUCGUUCGCGCGCCACAAUGUCAAUAUUCUCACGUAGAGGCAAAAGUACGUAUCAGCAAUGCUAAUGCGUCGAUCAGCCAUUGCCUUUCAUAUAUGUUCCUCCCUCCAAUUUCAUUAUGGUUUAUAUUUUUGCCAAUGUUAAUUCUCCUUUUUGAAUCCAUGAGAUAUUAUUUCUAAUGUUACCGCAAGUAAAACUAAUAGCGGGAACUGUAAACAUAACUAAUCUUCGAACUGUCCAAAUCCAUCGCAUGGUUUCUUGAUGUGUGUCUUUCUGUACAAUUUUAAGUGGGUCUUGUUUUAAAGAACUCUGUGGCCUUUAUUUUCAGAACCCAACUGCUUCUUUCGCUGCAUUAUUCAUCUAACUGAAUGCUAUAUCUUUAACUCUAUCUAGUCGUCUUUGAUUCUUCCCAUAGUUUGUAUCAACAGACUCGGUGGACAAUAGAGUGGUGAUCGCGAGAUGUCGAAAUCCGGUGCUAUGGAUCUCGCUACGAGACUGGGAGGGUCGAUCAAGAAGGAAGACGUGCAGUCCGCUGUGGAUCGGUACGAAAAAUAUCAUGUCUGCUUUGGUGGUGAAGAGGAAACAAGAAAAGCAAACUACAGCGAUAUGGUAAAUAAGUACUAUGAUCUUGCCACAAGCUUCUAUGAAUUUGGUUGGGGACAGUCAUUCCAUUUUGCUCCCAGAUGGAAAGGGGAGUCUCUUGGCGAAAGCAUUAAGCGCCAUGAGCACUUCAUUGCCUUACAACUAGGACUGAAACCUGGGAUGAAGGUUCUGGAUGUGGGUUCCGGAAUCGGUGGACCUCUAAGAGAGAUUGCUAGGUUUAGCUUAACUUCCGUUACAGGGAUCAACAACAAUGAAUAUCAGAUUUCCAGAGGAGAAGAGCUCAACCGAUUAGCGGGAUUAAGUCAUUCGUGCAACUUUGUUAAGGCUGACUUCCUGAAAAUGCCAUUUUCGGAUAACGAGUUCGACGGCAUCUACGCGUUCGAUGCACUUUGCCAUGCACCAGAUCCAGUAGCCUGCUACAGAGAGAUCUGUAGGGUGCUGAAGCCCGGCCAGUGCUUUGCCGCAUCUGAAUGGUUCAUGACCGAUCACUUCGAUCCAAACAACCAAAGUCACCAGAAAAUAAAGGCCGAAAUCGAGCUUGGCAAUGGACUCCCAGAUAUAAAGACCACAAGAGAAUGUGUUGAUGCACUGAAACUUGCAGGAUUCGAGGUCGUAUGGGCGAGGGAUCUUGCGGUGGGUUCUCCUAUACCUUGGUACUCGCCAUUGGACGUAAACCGGUUCUCCCUCAGUGGCUUCCGCUUGACGGCUUUUGGGAGAGGGAUUACUAGAGCCAUGGUCAAGGCUCUGGAAUUUGUUCGCAUUGCGCCGGCAGGAAGCGCGAGAGUCUCAUCAUUCCUGGAGACGGCCGCCGAGGGGCUUGUGGAAGGUGGAAGGAAGGAGAUCUUCACACCAAUACACUUCUUUUUGGCCAGAAAGCCUCUCUCACGUUCUUGAGAAAGUUCAAGGCUCUGAAUUUGCUAGUUGCACAAGUGCCGUGCGAUCUCGCAAAGUCUAAAACUACAACACUGGUCAUUAACUAUUUUCGUUUUCCAACUUUGGAUGUUGUUGUUGGAAACUUUGGUUUGCAUCCUCGAGGAUCAAUAAUUACUUGGUGUUCAGUUUUCAUCUC